GCCGCAUACCGUAAAUCUCACUAGCCGACCCCACCCCCUUAAGGAACCACCCGUUUCUGGAGCCGUCUGAAUAUGUCGUGCCUCUGCCUGCCUACUCCCGUAUAGCAGAACACUGUAAAAGUCGCUCUCGCUCUCUCUCUCCCCCCUGCCCCCUCUUAUAUCCCUCAGAAUUCCCAGAUUCUUCCCCCCUCGCCACCUGCUCUCUCUCCCCAUCAAUUCCCUCUAUCACCACCCCCUUUGUCUUCCACAUUUCAAUACCUGAUCACAAACUCUGUUUCUAUCUUCAAACACAGGAACACAACCAAACUUCAAGUAUUCAACGCUUUCUUUGCCACCAAAAGCCAAAAAUGCCAACAGAGUUAUCAAGCAGUGAAAAAACUAGGAGACCACCGCUAUCGACAGCUCCAACAUUAAAUAAGUCUGGAGGGGCACCACCUCAAGAACAAGAGCACUUGCCAUGUCCACGUUGUGACUCAACGAAUACUAAGUUUUGUUACUACAACAACUACAAUUUCUCUCAGCCUCGUCACUUCUGUAAGUCUUGCCGCCGUUACUGGACUCACGGUGGCACUCUCCGAGAUAUCCCUGUUGGUGGUGGCACUCGGAAAAAUGCUAAAAGGUCACGUACUUCAGCUACUACAGCUGCCUCCUUUGCGGGUCCUAUUAUCGACAACAACAUUGAUAACUUACCGUUGCCUGCUACCCCAGUGCUGGUUCCCCUCACAGCCAGUCAGGGUUUUUCGGUACAUUUUGGUGGUGGCGGUGAUGGGAAGGGCUACGGUGGUUGUGGUAGUGGUGCUCUGGGUGGGAGUUUUACUUCUUUGUUGAAUACUCCAGGCCCAGCUGGGAUCUUGGCUCUCGGAAGAUUUGGACAUGGACCUGGGCAUGGGCUUGAAGAUGUGGGGUGUGGGCUUGGAAGAGGGCUCUGGUCUUUUCCCGGAAUAGGAGAUGGUGGUGCUGGUGUUGGUGGUCAUGGCGAGGUUACUGUCACAGCUGGAUUGGACAACACCUGGCAGUUUGGGAGUGCUGGGGAAAAUGGUUUUGUUGGCGGGGAUUGCUUUUCUUGGCCUGACCUUGCAAUUUCAACUCCUGCAAAUGGUUUUAAAUGAUAUGGAGUCGUAUGGUGUUUUGGUGUGUCCUGUUUUUGUCUUCUGGAUUUUGGUUCUAAUUAUGGAUUGGGAGGGUCAAAUUACUAUGUAGUAUUUAAGUGUUGAGACAGUAAAUUACGCUUGAUAUUUAGAAACAAAAUUACUAUGUAGUAUUUAAGUGCUAUGAUAUCAUUACAUGGUCUUCUUAAUUAAGUUGUUCGAGGCCACUGCUUUUCCUCUGCCAA